ACAUCCACGUAAAAGGCUCGAUACAAAGGACGAGAUAUCUUUCUUAACGACGACACAGUGACAUCGGUGUGACCCGCAAAGUAGUCUCCCACCAGGUUCUGCUUGUAUGCGUAUGCAUACAGGAUGCAACGGGGGCUGCUCGCCAGCCCUGUAGGGAAUCAAAGGCGCUCCACAAGCUUGUAACUAAUGCUUGGCGGAAAUUUAACUCCUUUCGCUAGAUUUCUUCGGCUUGGGAGCGUGCUCUUGCUGGUGUUACUUGCAAAUGGCCGGCACGCGCUGGGUCAGGGGCUUGGCGGGGCACAGAAUUCCUGCCCAACACCGAGCUGCGGCGCCACGUUCUGCGACCUGGCUUCUUGCUCGCUAAGCUUGAAGAACUCGUCAGCGCCAGGCGGGUCAGGUGCUAUCGCGAGCGCUGGCGACUUGAUGCGGGAAUGGCUCCCGGACCUUGUCCUGACGUCGGCAGCCGGCGUCGGUGCGCUUCGCCUGACCGAUAUCCAAGCGUUCAGCGGGAACUGCUCGGUGGUAUCAAAGCUGCAGAGCUGGGCCUGUUCGUUCAAGUCCUCGGCCAGGUGGCCACCUGUUGGCGUGGAGGCCGGGCCGGGCUAUGUGUACUUUCCUGAGCUGUCCACUUCAACCAGAGCCGCGAGCCCCGCGCUGGCGGCCUGGCGCGUCAACGUCACGUGCCCCGCCGCGGACUGGGCGACGCUGGUGGGGCCGCUACAGCCGUGCGGCACCGUCACCGUACGAACGGGCGAGCAGCUUCUCGCAGCUCUGGCGCAGCUCCAGCCCACCCAUGCACAGCUGCUCCUCACACUGGCGGCGAACAUCUCGCUGCCGGCCUCGCCAACAGACCAGCUCAGCCCCAGCUCGCCGGAUGACAGCAACCCACUGGGGGUAAUCUACCGCAACACCACGUUUGCGGGCCUGCGAGCCGGGAUUAACAGCAGCAGCGCGCCCGCUGCACUCAGAACGGAGCUGGACGUGCGCAGUCGUCGCAACGCGCUUCAGCUGCUCACCACGCUUCCGCCCGGCGCGCUUCCCCUCACCACGAUGCCCUCCUCCUUGGGAGCAGCGGCCAACAGCACCAACAGCAGCCCCAUCAACACGAGCAGCAGCAGUGGCAGCAAUAGCUCGGCGGGGCGGGUGGCGUUGAACCUGUGCGACCUGACACUGGUCAAUAUGCCGCCCGGGCAGCCCUCCACAUGGCCUGUGGGGCUCACUGCAGUGGAAAUGUGGCACCUGGGGGUGGACAGGAGCCCGGGCGCGCCGGUGCAGGCCCGCCACGUGCGCGUGGCCCUCAUGUACAACGUGGGGCAGCUGCGGUACCUCAGCUUCUGGUUUGCGCGGCUCACAUCCAUGGUUGCGGAGGAGCAGCAGAGCGCCAAGUGGUUGGGCGACAUCCUCACCCCGCCGCUGCAGGCGACGGACGCGGACGGGCAGCUCACGUCGGUGGGCACGACGCGGUCCUAUCUGGAGAAGUACAACACCACCACCGCCGCAACGCCGCUGCUCACGGCACCCAUGCCGGCUGUGGUGGACCUGUGGAGCGUUGAGGACCCGCCCGCGGACCCCUCCAUCAUCCUCUUCGCGGCCAACGUGACGCAGCUGAGGGCGCAGCUGCAGCGGCCCUGGAGCGGCCCGCGGGUCAUCGUGCUCCUGGAUGACAUCGUGCUCGACGCCAGCAACUGGUCAAAUGAGGGCAUCCUGGUUGCCAGUGACAUCACUGUGUCGGGCCCCUCCGCCGCCGGCACGCUCACCACCCCCGCCGCCGUGGCCGCUUUCUACUCCAACCUCUCCUCCUCCCCCACCUCCCCCACCUCCGCCCCCACCACCCCCGCCACCUUCGCCUCGACCAUUAUCGCGGAGCACCGGCAGCACAGCCGCCAGCUACUGCUGUACCUCAGCAGUCUGCCGCUGGCGUUGCCGCCGCCCGGCAACCGCCUAUCGCUACGCAACCUUCACGUCGUCAACGCCUCGCUGUCGGUCACGUGGGCGCUGCCGGCGGCGCCCGCCGUGCUGCCGCGCGUGCCGGGCUACGACUUGUGGCGUGGAAGGUGCUUGCCGGGCUUUAACGAUCAGAGCAUUGGGCGGUUUGAGUUCAACGGCUGCUCCGCCGAUGCGCCUCCGGAUUUCUUCGCACUGCUUAAGCUGUUCAACAGCCCCACAUGUACGACCAGCGCCGCCACCGGUGCCGUCGUUUGCACCGUGCCCGGCGUGGCAAAGAUAGCAGCGGGCUUUCCCUACCUGCCCGAUGAGCUCAAUGGCCUUUUCAACCAGCUGCUGGUUGCCAGUGGCCAAGUGCCAGUCGCUCAACCCACCAACGACACGCUCUUCUACACCGCCCACACAGCCGGCGGGGCCUGGUGGAACUCUACCACCUUUCACCUAAUCCCCCAGCGAGCCACUGCCCCCAGCAGUAGCAGUAGCAGUGGCGGUAGCGGGAGUAGCAGCGGCGGGAACGCGACGGUGGCGGCGGCCUCGCCGCCGCCGCCGUUGAGUGUGAUGGCGCUUGCGCUGUCGGGUCCGUGCGACUUACAAACACUGCUGACCCUCCUACGAGCUGCAAACUCCAGCUCCAGGACCAACAGCAGCGGCAGCAGCGGCGGCGCCGCCAGCAGCAGCACAGACACGGGAGUCAUUGUGGGGGCCGUUGUGGGCUGCGUGGUGGGCGUGGGGCUGCUCGCGGCAGCUGCUUUCUUCGGCCGUAGGGCUUACCUGACACGGCAUGACCAGCGGAGGGACCAGGAGAAGCAGCGGGCGGACCAGGAGAAGCAGCAGCCGGAUACGCAGCAGCACAAGCUGCCUGCUGCUACCGCUGGCGAGCGCGAUGGCAGCAACGGCGACUUGUGUCGUGACGCGAAGGACGACUCGCUCUCCGGAGCAGCGGACGGCGGCGCGGCACCUGCAGCGGACAGCGGCUGGGGCUCCAGCAGCAAAGGCGCAGGGAAAGCGGCCGUCGCAGUGGGCUCAGCCGCUGCGGCUGCGGCGGCUCCUGGUGUGGCUGGGCUGUCACCGGCAGAGGUCCGGAUCUCCAUCUCCCAGCAGGAGGAUGGCCCCGCGCAGGAGCGUGCACUACUGGCGCUGCCCUUAGCUGCUGGUGGUCAACAUGAUGUGGCGGCGGCGGCGGCGCAUGCCGAUGGGGCGCCGCAGCACUUGUGGGAAGGUAGCGCGUUCAGCAAGAGCUUCGCAGCCGGCACGGCCGGCGGCGCGACCAUGCUUGAAGUGGUGAUGCCCGGCGUGGCCCACGCCGCAGCGGCGGCGGCUGCUGCUGGCGGCGGCGGCGGCGGCGGCCGCGCGCACCCAGUGGAUGGGUUUCCGCUGCCGCCGCCGCACGGCGGCUGGGGCGGCCACUCGGCUCUGCCGUCGUCGCUGCAGAUGGCGCCGCCAGACACACCGCAGCAGCAGCUGCAGCAGCCGCAGACGCACGUGAAGCAUGCGGAGCUCGUGCCGCCUGGGGCGCUGCCGCCGGGCACGGCGGGCGCAGCAGCAGCAGCAGCAGCAGCAGGUGGUGCAGAUGUCCUGCGCGCAGCUAGCCUGCUGCCCGGAGGGGCGUGGCCGCCACCACAGGGGCUGCCAGGCCCGCACCCGCCGCGGCCGCCGCCCCCCAUAUCGCCGCUGCAGGCGCACUACGCGGCGCCGGGCGUGCGACGCGUGAUGGACAUGCGAGCUGGCGACGGCAUGCCGGGUUCCGGGCCUGCCAGCGGCGCCACAGGCGGCGGCGUCAUGGGGCCAGGCAGCGGCGGCGCCACGCCUCGUGGCGGCUUGACGUCGGAGCGCGAGGCUGGCUCCUCGGUGGCCGCGGACCUGAUGCAGCAGACGUUGGCUGGAGAGAUUGACGGCCUCAUCCGCAGAUUCCAGGACACCACGCCGGUGGGCGCUCAGCCCGUCAGCAACGGCGGCCAGCAGCGGCCGCGCGUGCUGGGCAGUGGCGGCUGUGGCGUCGUGUACAAGGGCGAGUGGCGCGGCCUGCCUGUGGCGAUCAAGGUGGUGCUGCUUCAGGAGGGCGACAGCACGCGGCGGCGCGAGCGGCUGGUGCGGGAGGUGGCGUUGGCGGUGACGCUGUCGCACGCCAACGUCGUGCCCACCUUCCACUACACCGUCCAACCGGUGGAGGUGGCAGGCCUGGCACAUAUGUCCCUGCCACUGCCCGCCGCCGAGCCCCCGCUCCCGCCGGCUGCCGCUGGCGGUGUCGGCUCGCCCGCACCCACGCAGGCGUCGGCGGGUAUGCCGCGUUGCGACGCCUACAAGCUCUCCAUUAUUAUGGCGUAUUGCGAUGGCGGCACGUUGCGUGACGCGCUGCGGCUGGGGUUGUUCCGCAAGCCCUGGCCGCCGCCAGCAGCGGCGCCGGCCGGUGGCGGCGGCGGCAGCGGCGUCACGGGUUACGUGCUGGGCGGCGGCGGCUUACACAACCAGCAGAGUCAGAAUCAGGUGUAUGUGCAGCGGCAGGGCUCGAAGGCGGCUGCAUUCGUGGCGGCCCUAGGCACGGGCGGCGCGCCGGUGGAAGGUCCACCAGCAGCGGCGACUGUGGCAGCGGCUGUUGGAGGGGGUGCGGCCGCGACCUCGCCCGGCGUAGGCGCCAGCCCCAGCGCCAGUACCAGCGCCGAACCAGCGCCGCAGCAACAGCAACAGCAACAGCAGCCGCAGCAACAACAACAACAGCUCGGAAGCAGUAGCUCCUCUCUCUUGCCGCCGCUGCAAGAGAACGCUGGAGCAGCAGCGCACGCGGCGGUGGCAAUGCCUUCUGCGGCGGGUCGGCGUGUGUCGACGGGCCCACCCAGUGCUAGAGGGCAGGGGCGACGGCCAUGCUCCUCUGGACAGAUACAGUUGCCGGCGGACGGCGGCGGUGGCGCCGCCGCCCCCGGCGGCAGUGGCGGCAGCGGUGGCGCCGGCGCCGGCGCCACGGCAAUGGGCUCGGCUGUGGUGGACGGCGAGCAGCAGUCGUACCCAAUCUACCGGGCUUGGAGGGACGUGGGCGCCUCUCCCAACCUGGCCCUGGCCCUGUUCGCUGCGCUGGACGUCGCCCGCGGCCUGGAGUACCUGCACACCUGCAACGUGGUGCACGGCGACCUGACUUUGCAGAACAUCCUGCUCGCCUCCUGCGACCCCGUGUUUCCCGAGCUGCUCGGCAGCGGCGUUAACCUCGCCGACCUGCUGUGGUUCAACAGCGUCAGUGUCGGCGGCGGCAGCGUGGGCAGCGCGACGGUGGCAGGAGACGGCGGUGGUGGCGCGGAUGGCGGCGGCGGUGGAGGAGGCCGCCACAUGACGGCGGCUGACGUGAUCUUUGCGCAGCAGCAAAUGUUUCUGGGUAGCAUGCUGCCCAGCCUCUGCGUCCCGGACCAGCCGGAUUCGUGGAGCGAGGAUAUUCUGGGGCCGCCGCACGCGGUGCCGGCGGCGGCGCAGCACGCGGUGACGCAGGCGGUGAGCAAGGUAGCGGAGGCGCCGCCGGGCCCUGCAGCAGCCUCCUCCUCGACCGUUGACAAUGCUGCGGCGGGCACCACGCCGGGCAUCACUGCGACCGGCCAUGCCACAGUCACCACCGGGACCACCAACGCCACCACCGUCAGUACCGGAGCCUCGUUAGGCGCGGCGGCGGUUGCCAGCAGCGGCUCUGGAUUGAUAGGGCUUACCCCCAUUGACCUGAACGACGGCGGUGGCGGCGUCUUGGCCGAUGCAGCGGUGGGCACCGCCGCAGCGACAGCCGGGUUGGUGGCGGACUCGGCGACGCCAUUCCGGCGUCCAGCCUCCACAUCCACCGGCACGUCCGGACCACUGUGGGUCUCGGGCACGACAUCGGCCGCGCCUGCAGCGGCGGCGGCGGCGGAUGGCCGCCUGUCGGGAGGCAGGACCGCUGCGUCCGGUCUGUCUGCGGGCGCGGUGAUGUCGGGUGGCGCGGGCGGGGUCAGCGCCAGCGGCGCGGCGGGAGGCGGCACGAGCGCGCGUGGCGGCGGCGGCGUCGGCAAGCCGCUGAAUGCGGCGAUGCGCGCGGCACAUGUCAUGCCGCUGCUGGGCCAGGUGUUCAAGAUCAGUGACUUUGGUCUGUCGGUUCGCCUGGAGGGAGACGAAACGCAUCGGUCCGGUCUGCACCAGGGCACGCCCUUCUUCGCCGCACCCGAGGUUCUGGUGUCCGGCAAGGUGUCGCCCGCCGCCGACGUCUACUCCUUCGGCAUCUGCCUCUGGUGCCUGUCCCACGGCGCCUCGCUGUGUCAGCUCCGCCAGCUGCUUCCCCACAUCUUCACGCCCGUAGCCCCCAGCCUGCUGGCGCACAUGUCGCCCGAGCUGCCGCCGUCGCUGCGCAACCUGCUGCGGCGGUGCCUGGCGGGUGAUGCCAGCAAGCGGCCGGCGGCGAGUGUGCUAGUGGCGGAACUGACAGGGCUGCUGCAGGUGGUGGUGGGGCCGACGCUGGCGCCCGUGCUGCUUCGGGCAGAGCGGCGGCAGCGGGAGGUGGGGCGGGCGGUUGCGGGGAUGAGCUCGUUACAGGCGACGUCCCUGCUGGCGACGGCACCGGGCGGGGUUGGGUAUGGAGGUGGGGGUGGAGGGGCGGCGGGCCAUCGGUCGCCGCUGUCGCCGAGGCAAGCGAUGGCUACAGGUGGCGGCGUGUGAGGUAGGCUGCAUUUGUGUUUGCACCUGGCCAUGUUUUAUGAGGCGGGGGUGUGGUGGGGUAGAUGGAGGCGGCGUAGUGGAGGGAAGGCAGGGCAAGCGGCACGUAAUUGGGGCCCAUGGUGGUGGCAUGGCGGCGGUGGCCAGUGCGGGGGGGGGGGAACAGACGGUGGGAGCGGGGCGGGACGGAGCAGCAGGAGCUGAGCAGGAGGUGGAAUGGGCUUCCUUGGUGGCGGGAGCUAGUUGUGGCCGCCGCGAGGCGAGGCGAACGUUUCGCACACUACAGCACUCAGCCUCAUCACAUGGUGCAUGGCUCGCGCAACUGCACGUGUCGUGUUCAAUGCAAUGGAGGGAAAAUAAAGCGGCCGAGUCUGGCAUGAGGCACCGCGGCGCAAGAAAGGGUGGCGACAGCGCUAGGUCGCACCUGAAUUGCGCCAGCGCCAGCCCGGGUAGUGGCGGUUGGGGGGUAUGGUUACGGUAGGUAUGACGUUGCCAGAGUGCGGGCGGCAGUGCGGCAUUAUGUUUCGGACUCUCUCACUAGGUCCGAGGCAUGGGAUUUUGGGCAUUCAUCGCAAUGCCGUUGCGACUUGCUCCGUAUGAACGUGUUGCUUGCAGUGCUCUCUUGGCGCAAGACCCAGAGCUUGCUAGUGGUCCUGCACGCGCAACAAUGCACGUGCCUGUCCAAUUAUUAGUAAUAAGAGGGAUUUAUAUGAGGCGCCUGGCAUGGACGGUGCCAGGCAUGCUGACAUGACUAUUCAUGCUUGACUGGUCUUGCAUAGGAGUGCGAGGAACGCGGGGGCGCGGAGAGAACGGUGUAGAAAUACCGCAACAUCUACUUGUGAUCAUGUUGCUACUGAUGAACUGCUUAUUUUCUAACAGACGUUGAAGGGGGUGUGGAACGCACGCGGCAGUGCUCUUAAAGGUAGGGCAAUACUGCGGCUGCGUGACCAUUCAAUGUAGGCUUGGCGAAGUGCUGACCUUCCUACAGAUGUUGCGGGGGUGUGAAAUGCAUGCGGCAGUGCUUCUGAUGAUGGCGUGAUCCUAUGCAGUACGGAACGGUGUGUGCCAGUGCGGACAGCAGAGCUUGUGAUCUUACCAUUGUGUUGGUAGCCCGCAUGGCGUCCUCCACGCUUUCCUUUUACCUUGUAAAUCUUCCUCCUC